CAUCCAGAUUCAAAAAAUAUUAUUAUACCUUUUUUUAUUUUCGUUCUCCAAUUUCAUCCCAUCUCACAUCUUACCCAGAUCAACAAUUUUUGAUUUUCAAUUGAUCAAUGAUUCAAGCAACAAUGAUUAUACAGAGAUUAAUUAAUUAAUUAAUUAACUCGAUGCAUGUUGAAUUGUUGGAGGAUUGUGACGAUGUCGAAUUUGUACGGUGAUUACAACUUGAAGAUCGAUUACGUAUUCAAGGUUGUAUUGAUUGGUGAUUCAGCAGUUGGAAAAACUCAACUACUCGCUCGUUUUGCAAGGAACGAAUUUAACGUUGAUUCGAAGGCCACAAUUGGGGUCGAAUUUCAAACCAAAACUUUAAUUAUUGAUAAUAAAACUAUUAAGGCUCAAAUAUGGGAUACUGCAGGUCAAGAAAGAUACAGGGCAGUUACUAGUGCUUACUAUCGAGGUGCAGUUGGGGCAAUGUUAGUUUACGACAUGACAAAGCGUCAAUCGUUCGAUCACAUGGCAAGAUGGUUGGAAGAAUUGAGAGGUCACGCCGACAAAAACAUCGUCAUCAUGCUAAUUGGCAACAAAUGUGAUCUUGCUAGUCUUAGAGCAGUUCCAACGGAAGACGCAGAGGAGUUUGCACAAAGAGAGAACCUUUUCUUUAUGGAGACAUCAGCGCUGGAAUCCACCAACGUCGAAACAUGCUUUCUAACUAUUUUAACCGAGAUAUACCGAAUCAAUGCCAAGAAAACACUCACUUCAAAUGGUGAUGCAGAUCAUAGUGAUACUUCAGGUCUUCUUAAAGGAAGUAGAAUAAUUGUUCCUGGUAAUCAAAUGGAUGCUACUGGAAAGAAGGGUGGUUGUUGUUUUGCCUCAUAGAUUUUGUAUAAUUUAAUUCUUUUUGUUCAAGCAUAUUGCUCACUCAAGUUCUACUAUUUAUGAGCUUUUGUAGAGAGGGUAGUUACUUUUCUCUGUAAGGGUAGUUACUAUUAUUUAACUUUGUUAACACAACUUGCCACUUCUUCAUUAUUAGAAUGAUGAAUGGAAGCUAACAACUUCUUGAAUGUAUUUUUUGUUGAGAAUUAGCUAAUCUUUUAAUGGUAACACCACUUUUUUAUUCUUUA